CGGUACUACAACCGUAGUACACAGUACGGUAGGAGGGCCCGCCACCUUCACUCAAGUCAUUGUUUUCCUUUUAGGUCCUUUUCCAACGGUAUAAGUAUACCAGUAUAGUCACAACAACAGCAGCUCACAAUAGGUACAGUAUGAACAACUCUUCUACAAGCACCGGAGCCAAAAGCGAGCCCAACGGCGUUGCAACAGGCACAACAACCGCAUCUGGCUCCGUUUUGCGAGACGCCAAAAAGCUCAUUGCCUACCCUUCAGGCCACCCAAAGAAUACAGGAGCCCGAGCCUCCCAACCGCAGCCUGUCACUGCUACUAGUACUGUCGGAGCUUCCAGAAUCUCUAAUACGAAUACUAGCAGUAACCUGACUCCUGCGUCGUCUGCCUUGUUGAGAGACGCCAAGCGACAGAUUCAUUACCCUGCCGCACGGAGAUCGGAUGCUUCGGCUUCCACCACUCCGGGCAGUGCUGUGCCAACAGAGAAUGAUCAUACAACGAAUGCUCCACAUCAUGAUUUUGCGGCAGCACCAGCACAAGCAUCAGAGCCAAUCAUGACCCACCAUACGGUCCAUGCCACGCUGGUCGAAGAAGGAACCGUGGACCACGAUGACGAAGAUUAUCGUCAGCGGAUUGAAGAAGAGGUUCGGAAUCAGUUCUUGCAGAAUGCUGUCGUCGGCGAGGCGGUGAUUGCGGAGGAACCAGGCGAUUACAACAAAGGCGACAGCAGCAGCGCCGCCAAGAGACGCCGCGUGUGCCUGGGCAUUUCUGCUCUGAUUUUGAUUUUGGCCGGAGCUGGUGUUGCGGUAGGAGUUUACCUUGGCACCCGAGAUACCGGUACUACUACGAAUAGCAGCAGCAGCACUGCCACAGGAAGUGCACCCACGACAACACAAGAUGUCAUACUGCUACCCAGUGAUGAUGGAAUGAAUGCUACAACUACUACUACGAUGGCUCCGACGACGAGCAGUGGUAGUAACAGUACUCCCAGUAGCCCGGUACCCACAGCCUUUAUGACGGACGCGCCAAGUGUCAGACCGACCUGGUCCAACGCCAACCGAAACAAUUCCAUUCGGGACGAGGCACACUUUCUGGAACUUUCAGGAGGAGUAUUAUCAGCGCCUCUCUCCAGCUUGAAUCUCGUGGAGGAGUACACGGUUACCUGUGGCCAAGGAAUCUCCUUGGAACUGCCUACUAUUGGGGGUUGGUACGUUUACUCGCCGAGAGUCGCAGGGCCUGUCACUCUCAUUGUCUGUGGUAACGUGGUCCUCGAGGCUUUCACGGGACAGGAAUGAUUUUACCCACAACGUCAAGAUUUGAAUAAUAAUGAGGAGUGCAGCUCUCGGUCUUGGCAUGCGGAGGAGAACACCGGGUACUAUCUGUUGGUGACGCCCAAUACAAAUAAUAAUCAAGAUCAAGAUGAUGAUGCUACCUUUUCGCUGGAAAUUGUGGACAAUGACAAAUGUGAAUAUGCGCAUGGCCCCGUGGCGCCCACAAGUUCCGGAGUUGUUCUGUCCUACAGAACAUUGAAUGCCAAUCCGGAUACCGUAGGGAAUUGUCGGGGAGCAUCGGCAGCGACAGCUCCAGGAGUUUGGUAUCUUGUCCAAGGAACAGGACAAGCAAUUACAGCAUCUACUUGUUCGA